CGAAAGAUCAUGAUCAUGAUUUUCAAUGAAAUUACCAACAUAUAUCAGCAAACAUACAAAAUUGUCUAGACUAAACCUUUCUAAUUAUUGCAAAUCAUUAUUUUUAUCGGUCUUAACCAAAAUAAAAAAGAAAGAAAGAAAAAACACUUGCAUUCUAGAUAUGUCUAGAAAUUAAUAAAUUUAAUAUUUAGCUAAACAAACACAAGAGAUAAAAAUUAUAUUUUACAUUUAUAUUAAAAAGAAAGGUUUUUCAUUAUAAUGGGCAUGUUUGAUUUAUCCUAUCCCUUUAAAUAAAUAAAUUUGACAAAAUCUUUCUCAAAUUAAUAACACUAAAAAAUGUAUGGUUUAUAUUUUUUUGGACCUUGUACUUUGUCUCAUUAUUUGUUUGGACUUUGUGUUUUGAUAAAUUACUUUUUGGAUCCUAUAUUUUAUAAAAUUGUUAAAAUAGAACCCUAAACCUGAGUUUGAUCAAUGUUUUCUCAACCAAAAUUAUAAAUAAUUUAUCAAGCUAACAAUUCAGAAAAAAAAAUAAAAUUAUUUUGCUUAAAAACUGUAUUGUUAUAUUUAAUUUUUUCUUCAUUCUAUUUUAAAUAUUUUACAAAAUAUAGGUAUAAAAAGUAAUUUUUUAAAACACAGAGAACAAACCUGUAACGAAGAUAAGCACUUCUACGUAGAAAGAAGAUAAGAAAUAUCAUAAUCAUGGGUACACUCACUUCAAGUCAUAAAAUACUGUGUUUUGCAUAUAUAGUGUCCAUGAGAACUCCAUCCUUCUCGUUGCAUUUCCUGAUACUCAUUACUCUCUCGGCACUAUUUAGUGUGAACGAUGUGUCUGGCCAAUGUCUCAGCGACCAGAAAUCUUUGUUGCUCCAGUUGAAGAAUAAUCUUGUAUUUAACACAGCUAACUCCAAAUUUGAUUUGGACUGGAAUCAAAGUACCGACUGCUGCACUUGGGAUGGAGUAAGCUGCAAUGAGGGACGCGUUACUGGUCUUCACCUCAGCGACAAAUCAAUCAUGGCUGGAAUUGAGAGUUCUAGUCUCUUCAAUCUCCGGUAUCUAAAGAGCUUGGAUUUGUCGUUCAACAACUUCAGUACUCCAAUUCCAUCAGGCUUUGGUAAACUCACAAACUUGAGUUACCUGAAUUUGUCAAAUGCUGGCUUUGUUGGGCAAAUUCCACUUGAGAUUUCACGCCUCACAAACUUGGUCUCUCUUGAUUUUUCUGUAUUUUUUGUUUUCUUACCAAUGUCGAUGCUAAAACUUGAGAAUCCAAACUUAAGCAUGUUGGUUAAGAAUCUCUCCAAACUAGAAAAACUGUAUCUUGAUGGAGUAAACAUAUCGGCAAAUGGGAGCGACUGGUGCCAGGCCUUGUCAUCUUCACUGCUUAAUCUGCAAGUGUUGAGCUUAUCUGGUUGUUCUCUCUCCGGCCCUAUUGAUCAUUCGCUUGAGAAGCUUCAGUCUUUGUCUGUUAUUCGCUUGGAUUCGAACAAUUUAUCGGCCCAAGUCCCAGGAUUCAUUUCCAAUUUCUCAAAGUUGACAUCUUUGAGUCUAGUUGAUUGCUUCUUGUGUGGAACAUUUCCAGAAGAAAUCUUUCAAGUACCAACCCUGCAGACUAUUGACAUAUCAAAUAAUAAAUUACUUCAAGGUCAUUUGCCAGAAUUUGUUGCAGACAGUGCUCUUCAGCAACUACUAGUUAGUUUUACAAGAUUUUCAGGUAGAUUACCAACAUCGAUUGGUGCACUUAAGAACUUGUCCAGGUUGGAUCUUUCCAAUAGCAAAUUUUUUGGAACACUUCCAAACUCAAUGAAGAAUCUCACUCAGCUUGUUUAUCUGGAUUUAUCAUUCAACGAUUUUUACGGUCCAGUCCCAUCUUUCAAAGCGUCAAAGAACCUGGCUCGAGUAGACCUUUCAUUUAAUAGUUUAACAGGUACGAUUCCAUCAUCUAACUGGGAAAAUCUUCGGAAGGUUGCUGUUGUUAAAUUUCAGAAUAAUCUUUUGGAUGGGAUUCUUCCCUCGUCUCUGUUUGCACUUCCAUCAGUGGAAGAGAUUCAGCUUUCCAACAACCAAUUUCAUGGUCAGCUUGUGCAGUUUCAAGAUGCAUCGUCUUCAAAAUUAGCUUCACUAGAUUUGAGCAGCAACAACUUAGAAGGAACCAUUCCAUUGUCCUUCUUCCAACUAAGAAAACUUAAUGUUCUCUCACUUUCUUCUAACAAGCUAAAUGGCUCUGUUCAUUUGGAUAUGACUCAAAGCCUAAGAAAUCUUACUAGUCUUGAUCUGUCAUACAACAACUUGUCAGUCGAGUCAAAUUGUAAUGAUUCUGCAACAUCUUUAUUUGUCAACCUUAGCACCUUAAAACUUGCAUCUUGCAAACUGAGAAUGUUCCCUUGUCUAAAGAAUAAAUCAGGAUUAGCCAUUUUGGAUCUUUCAAACAACCAAAUUCACGGUGAGGUACCUGAAUGGGUAUGGAAUAGUAGCUUUCUCAUCCAUCUGAAUCUUUCACAUAAUUACCUUGAGGGAAGUCUAGAACUACCUUAUCCUCUUCCUUCUCUCAGUGUUCUUGACCUACAAUUUAACCAGUUUCAUGGGAAAAUCCCCACCUUAGGAGGUUCAUUUGGCGUCUACAUAGAUUUUUCAAACAACCAUUUUACUUCUUUCAAUCCAGCUGACAUUGGUGAUCAUCUAUCCAACACCAUAUUUUUCUCCAUGUCAAACAAUGAGCUUACAGGAUCCAUACUGAAUCCAUUUGCAGUGCCAUUAACCUUCAAGUUCUUGACUUUUCCAACAACCAUUUAA